GAUCCCCUGCUGACACGGCUCCAUUUCACUCUUCCAGGCAGCCGGAUGGGCCGCUGGGACCCCUGUAUGCGUCUUCAAACCCCGAGUACCUCAGUGCCAGCGAUGUGUUCCCGUGUUCUGUGUAUGUGCCGGACGAGUGGGAGGUGCCGCGGGAGAAGAUCGCGCUGCUGCGGGAGCUGGGCCAGGGCUCCUUCGGCAUGGUGUACGAGGGCAACGCCAGGGACAUCAUUAAGGGCGAGGCGGAGACGCGCGUGGCGGUGAAGACGGUCAACGAGUCCGCCAGUCUUCGGGAGCGGAUCGAGUUCCUCAACGAGGCCUCGGUCAUGAAGGGCUUCACCUGCCACCACGUGGUGCGCCUCCUGGGGGUGGUGUCCAAAGGCCAGCCGACCUUGGUGGUGAUGGAGCUGAUGGCGCACGGGGACCUGAAGAGCUACCUGCGUUCCCUGCGGCCGGAGGCUGAGAAUAACCCCGGCCGCCCCCCGCCCACCCUGCAAGAGAUGAUCCAGAUGGCAGCGGAGAUCGCAGAUGGAAUGGCCUACCUGAACGCCAAGAAGUUCGUGCACCGCGACCUCGCAGCGCGGAACUGCAUGGUCGCCCAUGACUUCACCGUCAAAAUCGGAGACUUUGGAAUGACCAGAGACAUCUACGAAACGGAUUACUACCGGAAAGGGGGCAAGGGCCUGCUCCCCGUGCGCUGGAUGGCACCGGAAUCCCUGAAAGAUGGGGUUUUUACCACUUCUUCCGACAUGUGGUCCUUUGGCGUGGUCCUUUGGGAAAUCACCAGCUUGGCAGAACAACCUUACCAAGGCCUGUCUAAUGAGCAGGUGUUGAAGUUUGUCAUGGAUGGAGGGUUUCUGGAUCAACCCGACAAUUGUCCAGAGAGAGUCACCGACCUGAUGCGCAUGUGCUGGCAGUUCAACCCAAAGAUGCGGCCGACCUUCCUGGAGAUCGUGGACCUGCUCAAGGACGACCUGCACCCCAGCUUCCCGGAAGUUUCUUUCUUCCACAGCGAGGAGAACAAGGCGCCCGAGAGCGAGGAACUGGAGAUGGAGUUUGAGGACAUGGAGAGUGUCCCCCUGGACCGCUCCUCGCACUCCCAGAGAGAGGAGGCCGGGGGCCGGGACGGCGGGUCCGCGCUGGGCCUCAAGCGGAACUACGAGGAGCACAUCCCCUACACCCACAUGAACGGGGGCAAGAAGAACGGCCGGAUUCUGACUCUGCCUCGGUCCAGUCCUUCCUAACGGUGCCUGUGGGGGGCUGGGUUCCUGUCUUCACUUUCCUCUGGAUUCGAAGGCCUCUAGAAAACUCAGGAUUCCCACACGACUCUGCCACAGUGUCAGACGGAGCUCAGAGAUCAUUACAUUUCUGUUCCUCUUACGACUGAAAACAUUGAUUGCCAGCCUGACCAGUCGUCAGAGUAUUUAACUGUGAACACAGGGGAGGGGUUUCCACAGCUGCUGUCCUUUCGGCCGUCUGGUGUCAAGCCAGGAUGCUCUUUUAUUUUUUUCCUAGUAGAUUGAAAGAAAGCGCCUGUUUUUACAAAGAUUUGUGUGCGUGUGUGCUGGUGUCUGAGCUACAGUGUAGAGCUUGUUUGUGGAACAAAUAUUUGAAAGAAAAAAAAAAAUGCCCCCGUGGAAACCCAGGCUUGAGGGGAUGAGCUGCCGGCGAGUCCCUCUCAAACAGGCUGAAGGAUUUUUUUUCCCUUCACAAAAUCAGUUCCUCAAAUUGACCAAUAGCUGCUGCUUUCAUACUUUUGAUAAGGAUUGCAGUCCCAGCACGCCACUCACGAGUGUGUGUCUAGGCGAGACACGGCUGGUGGUGUGUGUGCGGGCGUGUGUGGGGUGCGCACAGACACGCACCUGCUUGCGCAGCAUUCGUGCUGGGUGGACACGAAGGAGCUCCUGAUCCCCCCGUUUCUCCUUCCUCCUCAUCUGCUGGGAGACUUUACCCUCAACAUAUCCUUGUGUCCCACGUCUAGCCUCAGGAGUCUUUUCUCCCUUAACUUGGGUGAAAAUGUUUUUUCGGGAGCUG